AUGCCACCAGUCCUGAUUCUCCUGACCUUUCUUCUGCCGCUUGGAGCUGGUGCAGAGGAGAUCAUCGGGGGACAUGAGGUCAAGCCCCACUCCCGCCCAUACAUGACAUUUAUUAAGUAUGUGGAUGCCAAUGGGAAUAGGAAAGGCUGCGGAGGCUUCCUGGUACGAGACAACUUCGUGCUGACAGCUGCUCACUGCCUGGGAAGCUCAAUGACAGUAACUCUAGGCGCCCACAACAUCAAGGCACAGGAGGAGACCCAGCAGAUCAUCCCUGUGCAAAAAGCCAUUCCUCACCCAGCCUAUAUUCAUAAGGAUGAUUCCAGUGACAUCAUGCUCUUAAAGCUGGAGAUUAAGGCCAGCAUGACUAAAGCUGUGAGGCCCCUCAAGCUGCCCAGGUACAAGGUCCAUGUGAAGCCAGGAGAUGUGUGCUCUGUGGCUGGUUGGGGAAAAAAGGUCCCAAAGGGAAACUAUGCAGACAGACUACAAGAGGUGGAGCUGACAGUACAGAACGAUCAGUUGUGUGAGUCCCACUACCCACGUUAUUACAACAAAGCCAAUGAGAUGUGUGUGGGGGACCCAAAGAUCAAGCGUGCUUCCUUCAAGGGGGAUUCUGGAGGACCUCUUUUGUGUAACGAAGUGGUUGCAGGCAUCGUUUCCUAUGGACAUAAGGAUGGUUCAGCACCAAGAGUCUUCACCAGAGUGUCAAGUUUCCUAUCCUGGAUAAAAGAAACAAUGAAACACAGCUAA